GAUUUUGACCCCUUAGUAAUUACUCCUACUACUGGAAACCUUUAGGAUUUUGAUGUAUUUGUGAUAAAAACCAACAGACUAUUUUAUAUCCACUCCUCACUCAGGAAUGUCAAAGAGCAGGUUGAGGUAUGUAAGCACUGUGUUUCUUAUGUGAAGUGAAAUGAAAGCAGCAAGAAGGAAAUGUGUGUUCACAUACUCUACAUCAGACUCUCUAUGAGUCUACCUGGGGUUGAGAAACGGGGCCUUUCAGUGGGAACGACAGCAACGGCACUCCAAUGAAUGUGUCACAAAGGUGUCAGCUGAGGUGCACGGAGCAGAAGAGUGUAUGAAGGAGGAGACUGAGCAGAAAGAAAUGCAUUUCAACCACACAACUCCCCACGUUUCACCCCCGAACCCCAAACCUGGAUUUCCUGGUUAUUAUGCACUCAUCCCCUUUGUGCUACUCACGCUGAUUGGAUGUAUAGUGGCAAUGGUUGUUUAUAUCAGGAGGAGAUCAAGAUUAGAUGAGCUGCGCCACAGGCUGAUUCCUCUGUACAGCCACGACCCCGCAGAGGAACAAGAUGACUGGGGGGACACUGGCAAGGAGGAUGAGGAGCUGGCUGAACCUUUGUACAAGGAGGGAAAGCUCUCCUUUCAAUCCGGCUAUGGAAUAUGAAAAGAAAAAAAAAAAAAGAAAAAAAAAAGGAAGAAUGUGCCAAGUUAGAGGAAGAUGUCUUUCUUUAUGGUUUGUAUUGCAGAUGCUAUACAAAUAUAGACUGGCUGCUUCAUGAAGUUUAAAAACAACAUCUGGGUGACAUUCAACCGCUGCUUGCACCACAUUAAAUAAUUAAAAUUUAAUUUUCUUCCCUCAUGAUAUAUUUUAUGCAGAAUAGCAGAUGGCACUGUAAUCUUAUAUUUUGCCUCAGUUGAGAUAUAUUUUAAAAGACUGUACUAUUAGUGUUUUGAAGGAUAAGGCAAGAUGUCAUUUUUUGGCAAUAAACUGAAAGCUAAAAUCCAAUUUAAAAGCUAUUUGUUUUGUGUGUGUGUGUAUCUCAAAUUAUUUAUGAAUCAAGCUCACUUUAGAGGCACAGAACUUUAAAGGCACACCUGUUUCUGCUUGGUAAUCAGAGGGUUUGUUGGAGGUUGAAGAUGGGAUCACAAAGAGAGAGCAGACUAGACAUCCAUCUGUUGGGACCGCAAUGGUUUCUGACCUCCAUCCUGUUAACCACGGCUCUGGUCCUCCCUGCCCUGAGCCUGGACAGCCUUGUGUGUUACUACUGUCCUCUGCAGCACAAAGGCAAGUCCUGCCCCAACAUCACAAGCCAGUGUCUGCCUGAUCAGCGCUGUUCCAGCUCCAGAGGCCACUACGGCUCCAUCCACAUCCUGUCUGCUCAGAGCUGCGUGGACACUGAACUCUGUGGCUCCCAUGAAAUCAUCUCUUAUCGGGGGGUCAAGUACAACGUCAGCCACACCUGCUGCUGCAAAGAUGAAUGUAACGGCCCGUCAAAGUCUGACACCAACCUGAAGAUGCUACUGGGGAUGAUCACAGACAAAACAGAUUACACUAACAUCAAUAAUGUUCUUAGAGAGGAGCCUUGGGAUUCAUGUACAAACUACACAUCAUCAAGGGGCUCCAUAUAACCUGCCACUGCAUCAUAGAAGUGCUUGUAGAAGACUGGGGAGAGGCCUGUUAGCCACAGGCACUUACCUGAGUCUCUAAAAGCUGAC